AUGAUUAGCCCGGGCGGUGUUGAACAACAUUAUGGGAUCGGGUCGUUUUGGUUUCGCAGGCUGGCGCAGAAGAGCGGGAUUCCCGUUGACCCGCAUGCGGAGGAGUUUACUGGCGCGAAACAGGGCGGGAUGAAGAUUGGCAGAACUGAACAUGUCCCAGAGGCUCGUGGUGUGAUUUUGAGGGCGCUGGACGACGAAACCGUGAAGCUUCGGAGGAGUGCUAUUCCGGGUGUGAGAAACGUGGAUUACGAGAAUGUCCCGGGCAAAUAG